GCGGUGGGAUCGCAGCGUGACAACCAUGCCGAAAUCAAAGCGGGACAAGAAAGUUUCCUUAACAAAAACAACCAAGAAAGGCCUAGAAACGAAACAGAACCUAAUAGAGGAGUUGCGGAAAUGCGUGGACACGUACAGAUACCUGUUUAUUUUCUCCGUUGCAAACAUGAGGAACAACAAAAUAAAAGACGUCAGGACGGCAUGGAAGCACAGCAGAUUCUUCUUUGGGAAAAACAAAGUCAUGAUGAUCGCUUUGGGUAAAGGACCAACGGAUGAAUACAAGGACAAUUUGCACAAGAUCAGCAAGUUUCUGAGGGGUGAGGUUGGCCUCCUGUUCACGAAUAAAACCAAGGACGAGGUUCAAGAGUAUUUCAGCAGCUUCAAGGAGAAGGAUUUUGCUCGGGCAGGAAACAAGGCACACAUGGCUGUAACUCUAGAUGAAGGACCCCUCACACAGUUCCCCCACUCGAUGGAGCCUCAGUUAAGGCAGCUGGGAUUACCCACUGCCCUGAAAAAAGGUGUGGUGACGCUACUGAAGGAUUAUGAGGUGUGUAAAGAAGGGGACACGCUGACCCCAGAACAGGCCCGGAUUCUGAAACUCUUCGGCAUCGAGAUGGUGGAGUUCAGGGUGACGAUAAAGUGCAUGUGGAAUUCAGAGACGGGAGAAUUUGAGAAAAUGCAGGAGGAUGAGGAGGAAGAGGAGGCCAUGCAGGGUGAAGAAGAGGAGGAGGAGGAGGAAGAAGAGGAGGGUGAAUGAAACUAUAUGAAAGACUGGAUUUUUAAAACAAUCUAAUCUGUAUGUGGUGCCAGCAGUCAAAACCCCUACAUCUGCAAGUGUUUUUAUUAUUUUUUUUUUUUACUAAUUUUAUUUUUGUUUUGUUUUCACGAGGAAUACCCUAAUGAGUGGAACUGCAUUUGAAUGUUUUCAAAGAAAGAACCUAUUGUCUUUGAAUCUCUUGUUAAAUGUUGUG